AUGAAAGCCGAGAGUUCGAAAGUAACCAAGAGACGUCUGUCUCCAGAAGCACUCGAGCUGAUAGGCCAGCGUGGAAUCGCACGAGCUACAGGCAACCGCAAACCAACGUCCGAACUUGCAAAACGAGGCGGACAGGCGAUAAAACCAGAUCUUAAAGAGAGAAGAGCAGCAGUAAUAGUCGAAGCUGGAGAGGUUGGAAAAAGUACUCACAAAGCCCAUCGAAGCUUCGCCAAUUACGAGACUAAGAUGAUUGCAGUACGACGCGCAGACGGAACAGUUACAGCGUCCAGAAAGGCAAUAGAGGAAAACAUUCACUAA